AUGCCUGCCGUGGUGUCUGACUCCGUUAGGAUGGACGGUGUGUCGCUGGGACACUGCCUCUCAUGUCUCACCAGUCUGGUGGCCACACCGGCCUCGCCACGCCCAAACUGCAACACCGAUUCAGAGGAGGACACGAUGAAUGGGGGCAUGCACACUUUCAACCAGACGCACAUGAGGAAAGCCUUCCAGCUGAUGAACGACCUGAGGAGUAAGAAAAUGCUAUGUGACGUCCAGCUGGUAGCGGGCAGCGUGGAGGUGCCAGCUCACAGGGUGGUGUUGGCGUCCUGUAGCCCGUACUUCUGCGCCAUGUUCACAGGUGACAUGAGUGAGAGCAAAGCCCAUCAGGUGGAGAUCAGAGAAGUGGACGGUCAGACUCUGAGGAAACUGGUGGACUACAUCUACACAGCUGAGAUAGAGGUCACAGAAGACAACGUCCAGGUUCUCCUCCCAGCAGCCAGUCUCCUUCAGCUAAUGGAUGUUCGUCAGGUUUGCUGCGAAUUCCUGCAGUCGCAGCUCCACCCCACCAACUGCCUGGGCAUCAGAGCCUUCGCUGACCUGCACACGUGCUCACAGCUUCUGAACCAGGCCCACGCGUACGCGGAGCAACAUUUCACAGAGGUGGUGCAGGGCGAGGAGUACCUGGGCCUUUCUCUGCAGCAAGUGUGCAGCCUCAUCUCAAGUGACAAACUCACCGUCUCCACUGAGGAAAAGGUGUUUGAGGCAAUGAUAACCUGGAUCAAACACGAUGAACCAGCGCGUCUGGAGUUCAUGCCCAAACUUAUGGAGCACGUCAGACUUCCUCUUCUGUCCAGGGACUACCUGGUUCAGAUCGUGGAAGAGGAGGCUUUGAUAAAGAACAACAACACCUGCAAAGACUUUCUCAUAGAAGCAAUGAAGUAUCACCUGCUGCCCGCUGACCAGCGGCACCUCAUCAAGACGGACCGGACACGGCCUCGGACUCCAGUCAGCAUCCCCAAGGUGAUGAUCGUGGUGGGCGGGCAGGCCCCCAAAGCCAUCCGCAGCGUGGAGUGUUACGACUUCCAGGAGGACCGCUGGUACCAGGUGGCGGACCUGCCGUCCAGGCGCUGCCGGGCAGGCGUGGUGUCGGUGGCGGGCCGGGUGUACGCCGUGGGAGGCUUCAACAGCUCGCUGCGGGAGCGCACGGUGGACGUGUACGACGGGGGCCGGGACCAGUGGAGCGCCGUGGCCAGCAUGCAGGAGAGACGCAGCACCCUGGGAGCCGCCGUGCUGGGAGACGUGCUGUACGCGGUGGGCGGCUUCAACGGGAGCAUAGGUCUGGCGACGGUGGAGGUGUACAACCAUAAAACCAACGAGUGGCUGUACGUGGCCUCCAUGAACACGCGCCGGAGCAGCGUGGGAGUCGGGGUGGUCGACGGUAAGCUGUACGCGGUGGGCGGCUACGACGGAGCGUCACGGCAGUGUCUCAGCACCGUGGAAGAAUACGACCCGGCCUCCGAUCAGUGGGGCUACGUCGCCGACAUGAGCACCAGGAGGAGCGGAGCAGGCGUGGGCGUGCUGGGGGGCCUGCUGUAUGCCGCCGGAGGACACGACGGCCCCCUGGUGAGGAAGAGCGUGGAGGUGUACGACCCCCAGAGCAACAGCUGGAGGCUGGUGUGCGACAUGAACAUGUGUCGGCGAAACGCAGGCGUCUGCGCCAUCAACGGCCUGCUGUACGUGAUCGGAGGGGACGACGGCUCCUGCAACCUCUCCUCGGUGGAGUUCUACAACCCGGCCACAGACAAGUGGAGCCUCAUUCCCACCAACAUGAGCAACGGGCGCAGCUACGCCGGCGUAGCAGUGAUCGACAAGCCCUUAUGA